GAGAGAGAGAGGGGGGGGGGGCGGGAGGGAGGGCGUAAUGCCCCAAAGCAGCUAGGGAAAGGACUAAUGCGCCACAACUUUUCUGCCAGAACAGUCUUCAUCUCUCCAGGAUACUGCACCAUCAGAGGGCUCUUACCCUCAGAGCUCCACAGUCAAGAAAAUGCACAUCGAUCAUAAUUCAUCAGACCACAAUGAAACACCAUGGUUUUAUGAAUGUAACCUUGACUUGGACCAUAACUCUCGGCGCAUUUGGCUCUUCCUGCUCUACCUGUUCCUGUUCAUGGUGGGUUUGGUCGAGAACUGCCUGGUGAUUUGGGUAAACUGGCGCAGGCGACACUCAGCCAGCGGUGUGCUCUUCUGUGUUAUCAACAUCAGCCUGUCUGACCUGAUGGUGGUUUUCACUUUGCCAUUCUUCAUGCUGGAGAUAGCAAUGGACAGAGUUUGGGUUUGGGGUCGAUUCCUCUGCAAGGUGACGCACUUCAUCUAUAUCAUCAACUUCUACAGCAGUUCCUUCUUCCUGGCCUUCAUGACUCUCGAGAGGUACCUUACGGUAACGCGGCCAAACACACCCACAUGCUUCCCGCUGCAGCCCAGGCACCGGCGAUGGCUGCUGUGUGCCGGAAUGUGGCUUCUGUGCCUGGUGUUGGGGUUGCUAGAAAAUGUACACGUAGACCUGCUUGGGUGGCAUGAACCCGGCUGCUAUAUGAUUCCUGAGAAAAACUACAUCGAAUGGUUCGUCUCAGUUAGUUUCCUCUGCUUUAUCUUCCAGUUUUUGGGGCCUGCGUCUGUCAUCAUCACAUGUAAUAUACUGAUUGCACGGACUGUUCGUGCCUCUCCGGAAGUGGAAAAUCGUAGGGAUCUUUGGCUCUUGCAUGUGUAUUCACUGGUCUUUGUGGUCUGCUGGCUUCCCUACCACAUUGUGAUGCUCCUGUUAACGGUGGAUGACUUGGAUCCAUACUUGAUGUCCUGCGACACUAUAGAUAUUCUGUACUUCUCCUUUGGUAUUGUACAAUGUAUCUCGUUGUUUCAUUGCAUUGCCAACCCCAUUCUCUAUAACUUCCUGAGCAAGAGCUUUCGUGCCAACCUCUUUAACGAUAUUCUUUCACGCAUUUCCUCACUACCUGCCAACACUGUGGCCAAUGCAGCUGACGGUGCAGGGACAGUACGACGAAAGGAGCGAAAGUUCAGCAAUGCCAGCACCAGCCAAUCAGAGAUAGGAUCCUAAGAUCCAAUACAUCACAAUGAGGUUUCCUGAGAGAUAUGUGUAAGUAGCAUAAUAUCUGUGCUGCUAUAAAGAAAUAUUUUCUAGUUACAUUCAAAAUAUUGGUUUUCAAAAUAUCUAUGUCCUAGCAUUAACACCCCUGUGUAAAUAAAGAGACCAUUUCAGAACAA